AUGGCUCUACAUUCAGCGAGCGACAGCGCAAAGUUCAUCUUCGCACCCGCCGGCAAGGAGGCGCACGGCCAAGCCGAGCAAUUCACCAAAAACGUCCUGACGCGCGCGGACCUGGACCCCUCGUCGCCGACGCGGCAGUUCCAUGCGUGGUUCGCGACGGCGCAGCAGUCAGGACUGGUCGCGCACCCGGAGACGUGCUGCCUCUCAACGGCGGCGCUGCCGUCGGGCCGCGUGUCGGCGCGCAUGGUGUACCUCAAGGAGCUUGACGCACAGGGCUUCGUAAUCUACAGCAACUUUGGCACGAGCCGCAAGGCGCGCGACCUCGCCGCCAACCCCUGGGCCAGCCUCACGUUCUGGUGGGAGGCGCUCGAACGCCAGGUCCGCGUUGAGGGCCGCGCCGAGCGCCUCAGCCGCGACGAGAGCCAGCGCUACUUCGACACGCGCGUACGCGGCAGCAGGAUCGGCGCCUGGUCCAGUCGCCAGAGCCAGGUCUUGGUGCCGGCAGCUGCGGGCGAGGAUGCCGACGGCGACGACCACGACCACGACGACGGGCGGAGGGAGUUAGAGGACUGGGUCGAGGAGACCGAGAAGAAGUUCGAGGGCGAGAAGCACAUUCCGGUCCCCGAGUUCUGGGGCGGGUUGAGGAUAAUUCCCGAGUCGGUCGAGUUCUGGCAAGGUCGUCAGAAUCGGUUGCAUGAUCGAUUCGUCUAUACUAAGCAGGACGGCGCCAAGGAUGAGGCUGCUGAAUGGACAUUGGAGAGACUCAGCCCAUAG